AUGGACAAAGAUCUCGACAAUGCGAACCCGACCAUCUUGAGCGCGGCUCAGAUGCCGACGCGUCAGACCAAACGGAUAGCACCAAGGAAGGGCCCAGAUGCCAAAUAUACCGACAUCAUUCUCGCCAAACCAGCCUACCUGUCACGCCCUUUCUGUGAUGACGACUCAUUAUGGCCUGACAGGGACGUCGUCGAUGACGAUUUCGCUGAGGAACCCAUCGACGAGCAGGAAAUCUACGACUUGAUAUCUACCAUUUCCGACCCAGAACACCCCCUUUCUCUGGGACAGCUGGCCGUCGUCAACCUCCCUGACAUUCACAUCAACCCACCUCCUUGUUCGGGACCGUCAGACCCCAACGCGUUGGUCCAGGUACUGGUCGACCUCACGCCGACCGUAAACCACUGCUCUCUCGCCACCGUGCUUGGCUUGGGGGUUCGCGUCCGUCUGGAGCAAGCGCUCCCGCCCAACUAUCGCGUCGACAUCAGAAUCAAGGAGAACGCGCAUGCCCAGGACGACCAGGUGAACAAGCAGCUGAGCGACAAGGAGCGCGUUGCUGCCGCCCUGGAGAACGACACCCUGAAGGGUGUCCUGGACAAGAUGCUCGAGACAUGCGUAUGA